CAUCGAGGGGGCGAUUUCCCGGACCCGCCCCCCUCGGCUCCCGAAAGCUAAAGCGUGGCAGGGGCCGGGCUGGGGAAGCGGAGGAGGCGGGUCUCCAUAGAAACGUCCACCUGUUUCCGGCCAGGCUGUGCGAGAUUAGGGGCUGCUGCGGGGGCCAAUCUCAGCUAGCUAGUCUUUUCCCGGCGGCCUCUGCGGGAGCGGUGGGUGUUGUACACAAUCAUCAUGGCGGCUGCCGGAGCCCCGGAUGGCAUGGAGGAACCUGGCAUGGACACGGAGGCCGAGACGGUGGCGACCGAGGCCCCCGCGCGGCCCCUAAACUGUUUGGAGGCCGAAGUCGCGGCGGGGGCGGCGGCGGCCGAGGAGUCCUGCGCCGCGCGAGGCAGCUUGCAGCCGGCCCCGGCCCAGCCCCCUGGGGACCCCGCGGCCCAGGCCUCGGUCAGCAACGGCGAGGACGCGGGCGGUGGCGUGGGCAAGGAGCUGGUGGACCUGAAGAUCAUCUGGAACAAGACUAAGCACGACGUGAAGUUCCCCCUGGAUAGCACAGGCUCCGAGCUAAAACAGAAGAUUCACUCGAUUACAGGUCUCCCUCCUGCCAUGCAAAAAGUCAUGUACAAGGGACUCGUCCCUGAGGAUAAGACGUUGAGAGAAAUAAAAGUGACCAGCGGAGCCAAGAUCAUGGUGGUUGGCUCCACGAUAAAUGAUGUUUUAGCCGUAAACACACCCAAAGAUGCUGCCCAGCAAGACGCAAAGGCUGAAGAGAACAAGAAGGAGCCGCUCUGCAGGCAGAAACAACACAGGAAAGUGUUGGAUAAAGGAAAACCCGAAGAUGUGAUGCCAUCUGUUAAGGGUGCCCAGGAGCGCCUGCCCACGGUACCGUUAUCCGGCAUGUACAAUAAGUCUGGAGGCAAAGUGAGACUCACCUUCAAGCUAGAACAAGACCAGCUGUGGAUCGGCACUAAAGAGCGGACUGAGAAAUUGCCCAUGGGCUCCAUUAAAAAUGUGGUCAGUGAACCUAUCGAAGGACACGAAGACUACCACAUGAUGAGCCGUUGGAGUAUUGCUUUAUGGAGCUCAGUAAAUUUGCUAGAAUGAUCUUGAGCUCUGGCUCCUGACCCUGUCUGCAUGGAGACCUUGCUGGGAGCGCUCGGGAGAGCAGAGGUGGACAGCAUCAGAAGCCGCUGGGAGAAGUAUUUGAUUUAGAUCCGUGUCUGGGUCACAGCAGUAUUUACGGGUUUGUCACUCGGUCCCAUGAGCGGUCUCUCCUAACCUUGUUUAUGGUCCAGAAUAUACUAAGUCUGUGUUAGCAAAAUGAAGUACUCAUCCCCCUUGGUGGCAUCAGUGUUCAUUUUUCCUCAGGACUAUUUCUGUGCAGCACCUUCCCUGUUGGAGGGGACUAGUUCCUUCCCUGGGGCGUGUCCUGCCUCCCCGUGGCAGGGGACUUGCAGUCAGGUGGCCUCAGAAGGAGCUGGUUCCAAGGAGGGGCCCGGUGGGCAGGGAGCAGGCUGCGGAGUCGCCAUCUCUUCCGUGCCGGGCGCCUCCCGGGCCUCCAGAGGGGCUGCUUCCCCAGUGGGUCUUUGCCACAGACAUCAGAUCUCUCUUCCCUCCCCGAGGCCACUUGGCCGAGUAGUGGUAGGGUCACUGCUGCCAGGGCUCCGGCCCUCGCAGCUCUGUUUCUGUCAGUCUGGUCAGAGAACUUAGAAAAGCAAACUGGCGAAUUGCUGGAAGUCUCUGGUGUGAAGUAUUUUAAUUGAAGCUGGGCCUUUCGCGAGUAGCGUUUGCUCUUUGCAGAUGGGAUUGCACUAAGGAUGCCCUUGCGGACACAGUAGGGGCCGCUGAGGCUUCCGUAGGUUCCUUCAGCGGCUGCUCUGCCUGACGAGGGCCAAAGAGACCAACUCUGCCACUUUGCCACAUCUCAGAAAAGUUGCCAUGUUUCAGCCAGAAGGGACUCGCUUUCCUCUUCUUCCUUUAACCAUGUGCCUGGAGGAGCCGUCCUGGGCUCUUGCACUUGGCCCACCCUUGCUUUGCUGGGGCAGCGAAGGGGAAGGGAUGGACUCUGCGUGCCAGGGCCGUGCGAGGGCAGGCCUGCUUUUCACCCCAUCUUCUGAGGGAGACCUCUCUCUUGCUCCUUGCUGCUCUGUUCACGCCUGUUGUCUUGGAAAAAGGACAGUCCCUUUGUCUUAAGGCUUUGUGAGGAAGACCUCUCCAGUUAGGAUUGGCACCUGUUUGCUUCCGAGUAGGGCCGCAAGGCCUCUCUGAAGUUACAGGCGGUCAGGAGCCCUCCGGAGUGCAGAACAUCUGGCACAUCUCCCUGCCAGGCUGGGUGGUUCUACUGCUUUCUAAAUUUCUAAAAAUCUCUUUCCUUUUCUUUCUUAAAGAGUUCUGCACAAUUAUUUGACAAUAUACGUAAGUACCAUGUUUCCUUGUGGUGUGCGCUCUGUUCUGGUUUCUGUUUUUAAAUCAAAUGCCUGUUUGGGAGGAGUUGAACGUAUUUAGUCUAUUAGAUUUGCGCUGCUGGAUUUUUUUUAAAGUGUAACCUUGACUAGCUGUCUUAUUGUUUAUCCUGUAAGAUUAGUCUAUCAAUUAAAGUUUGAUAAUUAA